UUGGUGAAUCAGCCUUUGGAUGGGAGGCAGCGCGUCGCGCACGCGUCUUUCAGCCCGCGCGGAGCUCAGACGCGCUCAGAUGUCUUUGUAAUAUCCGGGUUGGAGGAGGGAGGGUCUGAGAUUUCCAGCAGAAAACCGCUGGAGGAGCAGAGACGCGCAAUGGCACCGGAAAGACGAACGCGAGCGCGCGGUGCGAUGGAAACGCAUUGCAGCGCAUCUGAGAUGAUGAUUUAGAUGCGGUUUAAGACGCACGACGCGAUGGAGAAGACCCCGUGUUCGUCGCAGCCCGCCGCUAAAGCUCGCGUCGCGGGUCGGACGGGCUCGGCCUCGCUCGGGUCUCCGGGUCCCGGUCGCGUUUCGGCGGGGAACUGCGCGUCUCCGCGACUCGGACAGAAGCGCGUGAUAGAGGGAGUGCUCAGCAAAUACACCAAUCUCAUCCAGGGCUGGCAGAACAGGUAUUUCGUGUUAGAUCCUGAGUUGGGUCAGCUGCAGUAUUUUGUGAAUGAACAGGGGCGGAGUCAGAAGCCCAGAGGUUCACUCCCUCUGAUUGGUGCAUCUGUAACGUCGAGUGAUGAAGCACCUCAUAUGUUCAUCGUCAGCUCAGCCAAUGGAGAGCUCUUUAAACUCAGAGCGGUGGAUAGCACAGAGCAGCAUGUGUGGAUGACACAGAUACAGGCCUGUAGCAGACGCCAUUCUGACAGCAGUGCCAAGUUGAGGAAACUGAAGGAUUGUGAGGAGCAUCUGUGUGUGGACCGAACUCAAAACACACUGGACACACAGGCUUCAUCUGGUCGAGCACAGAGUUUUUCUCCUCUUCCUCAUCUUCCUCCAUCUUCCUCACCUGCAUCUCAGAGACAUCUGCCUCAUCACGGGGCUUCCAGCAACAUCAUUACCAUCACACACCACAAGUCGCCUGCAGCUGCCCGUCAUGCCAAAAACCAGUAUCCACAGCGCCUCCAGGAGGUCAGAGAGGUUAUAAAUCAGGCCGAAGGUCAGCAGAAGAGUCUGGUUCAGUCCAUCGAGUCUUUACCCACAGGAGGAUCUGUGUCCUGUCUGGAUCAAGAUCUUCUUCUGCUGAAAGCCACGUCUGCCGCCACCCUCAGCUGCCUUGGAGAAUGCCUGACUAUCUUACAACAGAGCGUCGGACACAACAGCAACAUUCAGUCGACGUACGACCGCGCUCCGCCCUCUGAUAAUGCUCCUGUGUGGACCGUUGCAAAGUCACCCUCAGGUCAACAUCUCAGAAACGGUGAUGCUUCUACCCUGCCCUCCGCUGAGCCCUCGCCCUCCCUCAGGAAAACAAACUUACUGCAGAACACAGAGGAUGUUAUGGAGGAGAUUUCUGUCAGUGAUGAAGAGAUUGAUACAGAAGAUAAUACUGAGGAAGAUCUUGGUGUGAUGGAGGAUCAGAGGAGCGUUAUUCUUCAUCUGCUGUCUCAACUCAAACUGGGAAUGGACCUGACACGAGUUGUGUUACCUACAUUUAUCCUGGAGAAGCGUUCAUUACUAGAGAUGUACGCUAACUUCAUGGCUCACCCUGAUCUGUUUCUGGCCAUCUCUUCUGGAAGCGGCCCAGAGGAGCGCAUGGCGAGAUUCGUCGAGUAUUAUCUGACCGCCUUCCACGAAGGCCGCAAAGGUGCUGUUGCCAAAAAGCCCUACAAUCCUGUGCUGGGAGAAACCUUUCACUGCUCCUGGGAGGUUUCACGAGAUCGAAUCCGACCUCUGAGAACUCAAACGCCUCCGGUUGGGUCAGCAGCGCAAGAGACAAACUCAAGAACCAAUCGUGAGGCAGCAGAGGCGGAGCCGGACUGUUACAGGGUGAGAUUUGUGGCGGAGCAGGUGUCCCAUCAUCCACCGGUGUCGGGGUUUUACUGUGAAUGUGCUGAGAGAGGAAUGUGUGUCAACACACACAUCUGGACCAAGAGCAAGUUCAUGGGCAUGUCGGUGGGAGUCUCUAUGGUGGGUGAAGGUGUGUUGUAUUUACGGGAUUACGAUGAGGAGUAUGUGUUUACAUUCCCGAGUGCGUACGCUCGCUCCAUCCUCACUGUACCAUGGGUGGAGCUGGGAGGAAAGGUCACCAUCAGCUGUGUUAAGACAGGAUACUCGGCCAGCGUCACAUUCCACACCAAACCCUUUUACGGGGGUAAAGUUCACAGGGUAACAGCAGAGGUGAAGCAGAACUCCAGCGGGAUCAUCGUGUGUAAAGCUCAGGGUGAGUGGAACGGGACGCUGGAAUUCACAUACAGCAGCGGAGAAACCAAAGUGAUUGACACCACUAAACUACCUGUUAGCAGGAAACUGAUUCGCCCAGUAAAGAAACAGGGACGGACCGAAUCUAGACGUCUCUGGCAGUACGUCACGAGAGCAUUGAAGGAUGGGAACGUUGACAUGGCUACUGAACAGAAACAUCUGUUAGAAGAAGACCAGAGAUCAGAAGAGAAACAGAGAGCGGAGAACAACACACCCUGGAAACCCAAAUACUUCAGCAAAGAGGGUGACAGCUGGGUGUACAGAAACCCAUUAUGGAAAACAAACUGAGAGAUAAAAUACAACAUAGAUGCUGAAAACAAACGGCAAAGACUGCAGGUCACAUGCAGGAUAAUACUGAACUUCAGGAAUCUGAGGGAUUGUACAGAAAUGUCAAGUAUAAUAUUAACAUGAUCAUGUAGAAUUAAACUUUUAUAAACUGUAUUUAAAUGAUAUAUUAUUUUUCACACUAACCUAACCAAUCCUUUGUGGUUAUGUAUAUACAGUAUUUUAUGUAAUAAUGUGCCAUGUGAAGUUUUGUUAUAGAAUAAGAGAAAUAUAGAUUUUUGUUAAAUCUCCAUUAAACAGCAUGAAAGCUUUAAAGCAAAGACUCUUCUUGUGCCAUAUUUUAAAAACAUGAAGACAAAUAUUUUUUUCUUAGUACUGU